AUGGUUUAUGUGGAGCAAUAUGAGGUUGACCUAGAGGUUUAUAAGAUUACACUCCGCUUUCGUCAAAGCAUCCCAUCUGCUAAUAAAGCACAACAAAAUGAGGAAGUUGAUUCCUCUAAAACUGAGAAGAAGUCAAAGGCGAAAGAGAUUAAAGUCUCCUUGUCGAAAAAAACUAUUACAAGGGAAGUUCUAUCAUCCUCCUCAAAAGCAAAGGACCCUAAACCCGAUACCGGUAAAACAAAGGAGUCAUCACAAUCACAUGCAGUUAAGUAUGAUAUUUUGACUCAUCUUAAGCGCAUCUUCACUCCUUUAAGUGUCUAUGAUGCUUUACAAAUGUUGGGAAAGCUUAGGGAAGCAUUUGUAAUGCCCUUAAUGAGCCUGGAUUUAUACAAGUCAUGUUUCAAAUCAGUGGAUGUCCACACAACUAAAACCUUGAAGUUUUGUGUAUCGUGUCUGGCAAUGAUUGCUUUUGGUGAAGUUGACAUUUCACUUAGGUCCAAAUUCCAUAACCGACCUCUCUACAUCACUGGAGAAGUUGGAGGCACAACCAUUGUGACAGGAUCCGCCCCGAAUCUCCUCGGAAACCAGGACGGACCCCACCUAAAUUCCGACAUCACCCCGAUGCUGGGCCCACUUACUAAAGACCGAGACUUUCUACCAAAAAUUUGGCAGAGUCUCCCCUAUAAAAUGAACAUUCCCAAACUUCAACCUGUUCAAAAUUACAGUUAUAAACAACCAACUGGCAGCAUGCUUUACAAGCAAUAA